AUGGGUCUCAUUCUUCGUGAUGAUGGCGGCUCGCUGUCUGUCAACCCCCCGCUUACGCCGAACGGGUUCACCACCAACGGUUCCAACUGGUUGUGGGCUGUGACAGCCGUCUACGUCGUCAUCUUUUUGUUCUUCGCCGCUACCAGCUUCAAGGCUUUCAAUGGUGAACGAAUCUUCCACUAUACUUUCAUCGUCCCGCUCCUGGUCGGUAGCAUUGUCUACUACUCAUGGGCUUCGGAUCUUGGUUCCAGUGUCGUCUCCGGCUGGCAGCUGUUCUGGGUUAAAUACAUAUACUGGGUCGUCGAAUUUCCAGCUAUCAUCGUCGCUUUAGGCUUGUUGAGUGGAAUCUCAUGGGCUACAAUUGUUUACAAUGUAUUCCUCUCAUGGAUCUGGAUCGUCUCCUACCUUGUUGCUGCCUUCACAACGACCCAGUACAAGUGGGGUUUCUUCGCCUUCGGAACUGUGUCAUGGCUCAUCCUUGCAGUCCAUCUGCUCACCAUCGGAAGAAAGAGUGCAACCCGCGUUGGCGUCAGUGCUCACUACACGGGGCUUGCAGGAUGGACAAACCUUCUGUGGCUCGUUUGGCCCAUUGCCUGGGCAGUCACUGACGGUGCACGUGUCAUUGGCGUCACGCCGACAGCCAUCUUCUUUGGCGUUCUGGAUAUCUUGCUGCUUCCUGUCAUUGCCUUGGCCUUCUUCUUCGUUUCUAGGAAAUGGGACUAUAACCGUCUCAACCUUGCAUACACGCGCUACGGCCGCGUCAAUGAUGGCGGACACCACCAGGACAAGCUGACGACUCCUGCCCCAGCACAUGGCGGGGUCAAUACUGCUGCACCAGCCGUCUAA